CGCAUGCGCAGUUUUGCACUUGUGGAAGCAGGAACAUGGCAGCGUCCUGAGCGCUGGUGGAGGGGGGAGUACGGCGCAAACUGAACACAGGAGCAUCACAGUGGGUAAACUGAGAAGCAGCGACCGCACUCAGAGGAGGGUGGGGGGCUGAGGGACGGCUUCGAACAACACCCGUUGACGUUUUUACAGGCCUUGUGAAAAGAUGAAUGUCGUCAAAGAAAACAAGGACUUGGCCUGUUUCUACACGACCAAACACUCCUGGAGGGGAAAGUACAAGCGAGUCUUCUCCGUGGGCACACAUGGCAUCACCACUUACAAUCCCACCACGUUAGAAGUAACAAAUCAGUGGCCUUACGGAGACAUCUGCGGCAUCGGCCCAGUGGGAAAAGGUCAGGGAACGGAGUUCAACCUCACAUUCCGCAAAGGCAGUGGCAAGAAGUCGGAAACGCUCAAGUUCUCAACAGAGCAUCGGACAGAACUGCUCACAGAAGCACUGAGAUUCAGAACAGAGUUUUCAGAAGGAAAAAUAACAGGCAGGCGUUACAACUGUUAUAAGCAUCACUGGAGUGACACGCGGAAGGCUGUGAGUUUAGAGGUCACACCGGGCGGCAUCGAUCAGAUUGACCCCCAAACCAACAGAGUGUUGUGUUCGUACGACUACCGAAACGUAGAAGGCUUCGUGGAGCUCUCAGAUUACCAGGGAGGAUUCUGCGUCAUCUAUGGAGGCUUUAGCAGACUGCAUCUGUUUGCCUCGGAGAACCGAGACGAAAUCAUCCGCAGUGCCAUCGAGCAUGCUGGGAACUUCAUUGGCAUCACACUACGGCUCAGGAAGGAGGCUUUGACCUUUGAGGAUUCCGUGACGGACAGGUUGGGGAAGUACAGCUCAGAUGAAAGCAUCACUUCCUUGGCUGAGUUCGUGGUACAGAAGAUCACCCCUCGCCACUCGGAACCUGUAAAGCGCAUCCUGGCACUGACAGAAACAUGUCUGGUGGAGAGAGACCCAGCUUCCUACAAUAUAGUCACCCUCAAACCCUUUGGAGAGGUCUUUGCUCUCAUUUGUGACGUUGACAAUCCUCAGGUGUUUACAGUAGAGUUCAUCCGAGGUCAGAUCAGGAAGUUCUCCUCCACAGAGAGGGACUCCCUGUUGGCCAGUCUACUUGACGGUGUGCGAGCGUCAGGCAACAGGGACGUGUGUGUGAAAAUGGCGCCCACGCGGCGAGGACAGAGAUGGGGUUUACUGAGCAUGCCUGUGGACGAGGAGGUGGAGAGUUUGCAUCUCAAAUUUCUGGCCGCACCACCAAGUGGAAACUUUGCUGAUGCCGUGUUCAGGUUCAACGCCAACAUCUCCUACAGUGGAGUUCUGCACGCUGUAACCCAAGAUGGUCUGUUCUCAGAGAACAAAGAGAAGCUGAUCAACAACGCCAUCCUGGCCCUUUUAUCUCAGGAGGCUGAGCUGCCUGCGCUGAACGCUGAGCUGGAGAGCCAUUUCCAGGCCAUUCGCCGUUUGGUGGCCUCCAAGGCUGGUUUCCAGGCCUUCACCCAGCUGCCUAAGUUUAGGGAAAAACUGGGAGUAAAAACGGUAAAAGCUUUAAAAAGGAACAACAACGGCGUGACACAUGCUGCUAUCGACAUGCUCUGUGCCCUGAUGUGUAUCAUGCACGACGACUACGACCUGAGGCAGGAGCAGCUGAACAAAGCCUCACUGCUGUCUUCAAAGAAGUUCCUGGAAAAUCUCCUUGAAAAAUUCAUCACUAACGUGGACCACGGGACAGGAGCUCUGGUCAUCAGCUCCUUACUGGACUUCUUAACCUUUGCCCUGUGCGCCCCCUACAGUGAAACCACUGAGGGUCAGCAGUUUGACAUGCUGCUGGAGAUGGUGGCAUCCAACGGACGCACGCUGUUCAAACUCUUUCAGCAUCCGUCUAUGGCCAUAGUGAAAGGUGCUGGGCUGGUAAUGAAGGCCAUCAUUGAGGAAGGAGACAAGGAAAUAGCCACCAAGAUGCAGGAGCUGGCUUUAAGUGAAGGAGCGUUACCACGACACCUACACACAUCUCUGUUCACCAUCAGCUCUGAUCAGAGGAUGCUCACCAACAGACAACUGAGUCGUCACCUGGUAGGACUGUGGACGGCAGAGAAUCCUGUUGCCAUCAACCUCCUGAAAAGAAUACUGCCUACAGGGCUGCUGGCCUACCUGGACAGUCCAGAUCCAGUCCCCGAGAAAGACAUGGACCGGAUGCACAUUCGUGACAACCUCAAAUUAGCCACGGACCAGCUGAACAGAAACAAAGUUCCUGAGUGGCAGCGAAUCGCGGGCAAAGCAGCCAAAGAGGUGGAGAAGUUUGCCAAAGAAAAGACGGACCUGGUUCUCAUGCACUGGAGAGAUAAGAUGGGCAUCGCACAGAAGGAGCAGGACAGAAAUAACCUGAACCCAAACCAAAAGCCUGUCAUCCUGAGGAAACGACGGCAGAGGAUAAAGAUUGAAUCCAACUGGGAGCUUUUCUACUACAGAUUCCAGUCCGACCACUCGCGGUCCAACCUCAUCUGGAACCUAAAAACGAGGGAAGAACUGCGCGACGCUCUGGAGGGGGAGAUGCGUGCCUUUGGCGUGGACCGUGAGCUGGGCAGCGCCACCGUCAUCUCCUGGAACCACCAGGAGUUUGAGGUGAGGUACGAGUGCCUUUCAGAUGAGAUAAAGAUUGGUGAUUAUUAUCUGCGUCUGCUGCUGGAGGAGGAUGAAAAUGAAGAAUCCAGUGCCAUCAAGAGAUCUUAUGAGUUUUUUAAUGAACUCUACCAUCGAUCCCUGCUGACGCCCAAAGUUGCGAUGAAGUGCCUGUGUCUGCAGGCGCUGGCCAUCGUCUACGGCAAGUGCUUCGAGGAAAUCGGUCCCUUCACUGACACCAAAUUCAUCGUUGGCAUGUUGGACAGAUGCACAGACAAACUGGAGAGAGACCGACUCAUCCUCUUCCUUAACAAACUCAUUCUCAACAAGAAAAACGUAAAAGAUGUGAUGGACUCCAAUGGCGUGAGAAUCCUGGUUGACCUGCUGACCUUGGCUCAUCUACACACCAGCAGAGCUACUGUGCCUUUACAGACCAACGUGCUGGAGGCAGCGCCGGACAUGAAGAGAGAGAGUGAGAAAGAGUGGUACUUUGGAAACGCAGACAAGGAGCGGAGAGGACCGUUCAGUUUUGAGGAGAUGCAGGAGUUCUGGAGCACCGGUGUCCUCACAGCAAAGACACGCUGCUGGGCUCAGGGCAUGGAUGGCUGGCGCCCCCUGCAGGCUAUUCCUCAGCUGAAGUGGUGUCUCCUGGCCACAGGGCAGGCAGUGAUGAAUGAGUCUGAUCUGGCCACGCUCAUCCUCAACAUGCUCAUCACCAUGUGCUCCUACUACCCCAGCAGGGACCAAGAUAACGCCAUCAUCCGUCCUUUACCCAAAAUCAAGCGGCUGAUCAGUGACAACUCGUGUCUGUCGCACAUCGUCCAGCUGCUGUUGACCUUUGACCCCAUCCUGGUAGAAAAAGUGGCCAAUGUUUUGUACUGGGUGAUGCAGGACAACCCCAAUCUGCAGCGCCUCUAUUUGAGCGGAGUCUUCUUCUUCAUCAUGAUGUACACGGGCUCCAAUGUGCUUCCUGUAGCAAGGUUCCUGAAGUACACCCACCUAAAGCAGGCCUUCAAAUCAGAGGAGUCUAAAGGCCAGGACAUUGUGCAGCGCAGUGUUCUGGGAGCGUUGCUGCCAGAGGCCAUGGUGUGUUACCUGGAGAACUACGAGGCCGAACGUUUUUCUGAGAUAUUCCUGGGAGAGUUCGAUACGCCAGAGGCCAUCUGGAGCAGUGAGAUGAGACGCAUGAUGAUUGAGAAGAUCGCAGCCCACAUCGCCGACUUCAGCCCCAGGCUGCAGAGCAACACGCGGGCUCUGUACCAGUACUGUCCCAUCCCUGUGGUCAGCUUCCCUCAGCUGGACAACGAGCUCUUCUGCAACAUCUACUACCUCAGACACCUUUGUGACACCAUCCGCUUCCCCAACUGGCCCAUUCGAGAUGCCGUGAAGCUGCUGAAAGACACACUUGAAGCCUGGAAGAGAGAAGUGGAGAAGAAGCCCCCGUCCAUGUCUGUGGAUGACGCCUAUGAAGUUCUAAACCUCCCUAGAGGACAGGGACAGCACGAUGAGAGUAAAAUCAGGAAAGCCUACUUCAGACUGGCUCAGAAGUACCAUCCUGACAAGAACCCAGACGGCAGGGACAUUUUUGAGAAAGUCAACAAAGCCUACGAGUUUCUCUGCACCAAGUCUGCUCGAAUCAUAGACGGCCCCGACCCAGAAAACAUCAUCCUGAUCCUCAAAGCCCAGAGCAUCCUCUUCAACCGGCACAGACAAGAACUGGAGCCCUACAAAUACGCUGGUUAUCCCAUGCUCAUCAAAACAAUUAAAAUGGAGACGGAUGACGACCAGCUCUUCUCCAAAACUUCCCCCCUCCUCCCUGCAGCCGCCGAACUGGCUUUUCACACGGUCAACUGCUCAGCGCUCAACGCGGAGGAGUUACGACGGGAGAAUGGCAUCGAGGUGUUGUUGGAGGCUCUGUCUCGAUGUGUGGGUGUGUUAACGGCAUCCAGUAAACCUGAUGACAUGGCCGUGCAGGUGUGCGGGCACAUCUGUAAGUGCUACAGUGUUGCAGCCCAGUUUGAAGAAUGCAGGGAGAAGAUCAUCGAGCAGCCGAACAUCAUCAGAGACCUGUGUCACAUCCUGUUUUACGGAAAGUGUCUCCCAAAGACUGCGUCACUAGCAGUGACUUGCGUCAGCUCCUUUGCUGUAGACUUCUUCCUGCAGACCCAUCUGUACCACGCCGGUGUGCUUUGGCACCUGCUGGUCAAGCUCUUCAACUACGACUACACCCUGGAGGAGAGCGGCGUGCAGGCGAAUCAGGACACCAACCAACAGGAGGUCGCAAACAGUUUGGCCAAGCUCAGCCUGAUCGCCCUGAGUCGCCUGGCAGGCUACUGCCAAACCCCGCACACCCCGGAGGGCAACCAUCCCGUUUCAGAGACCAACGGCAUCGAACCGCCUCCUGAGAACCCCACCAUCAGAAAGAGCUUGACAGCCAUGUUGACGCCGUACAUCGCACGGAAGCUGGGAACAGGGUCUCCUGCUGAGGUUCUGAAGCUGCUGAACAGCAACUCCGAAAACCCGUACCUGAUCUGGAACAACGUAACAAGAGCCGAGCUGCUGGAGUUUCUGGAGGGUCAACAGGAAGGAAACAUCAAGAGGGGAGAGAACGAUGAAAGCUUUGGUGCAGAAUUUGUCUUCAGCGAUCACAGCAAGGAGCUGAUAGUUGGUGAAAUCUUUGUGCGGGUCUACAACGAGCAGCCAACCUUUCCACUUGAGUAUCCCAAAGCCUUUGCAGCCAGUCUGCUGGACUACGUUGGCUCCCAGGCCCAGUACCUCCACACUCUCCUGGCCAUGAGUCAGAGUAACAAGGUGGAGUCACAGCAGCACGCCGAGAGGCUGCGCUUCGCUGAGAUGGCUUUAGAGGCUCUUAGAAACGUCAUCAAGAACAACCCUGGUUCGGAGUCCGAGUGCAUCGGUCACUUCAAGCUGCUCUUCUCUUUGUUGCGGGUCCAUGGAGCUGGGAGAGUGCAGCAGCUGGUUUUGGAGGUUGUGAACACAGUGACAUCGAACCAAGAAUGUGUGAGCAACAUUGCAGAGUCCCUGGUUUUGUCCAACCUUCUGUUGCUGCUGCACUCGCUUCCUUCCAGCAGACAAAUUGUGCUGGAAACCCUUUAUGCACUGACAUCAAACACAAAGAUCGUCAAAGAGGCGAUGGCCAAAGGCGCACUGAUAUAUCUGCUGGACCUCUUCUGUAACUGCACACAUCCCCAGGUUCGCACACAGACCGCAGAGCUCUUCUCCAAAAUGACCUCAGACAAGCUGGUUGGACCAAAGGUGCGUUUGACUCUGAUGCGUUUUCUUCCUGGUGUCUUCAUGGACGCCAUGCGGGACAACGCGGAGGCAGCCGUGCACAUAUUUGAGGGAACACACGAGAACCCUGAACUCAUCUGGAAUGACAACUCGAGGGAGAAAGUUUCCACCACAGUGCGAGAAAUGAUGCUCGAGCACUUUAAACAGCAGAAGGAUAAUCCUGACGUGAACUGGAAAUUACCAGAGGUCUUCACCAUGGCCUACGGAGCCGGACAGGGUGAACUGGAAGUCGGUGGCGUCUUCCUGCGCAUCUUCAUCGCUCAGCCGGGCUGGGUGCUCCGCAAACCCCGCGAGUUCCUGGUGUCUCUUCUGGAGACUCUGACGGAGCUGCUGGAGAAAAACAAUCCUAAUGGUGAAGCCCUGGAGACGGUCACCACAGCAGCAGUGUGUCUCUUCAGUGCACAGGGUCAGCUAGCAGACCAGGUUCCUCCUCUGGGUCACCUGCCGCGUAUCCUGGCUGCACUCAACCACAAGAACAACGCCAUUCCCAAGAGCGCCAUCCGCCUCAUCCACGUACUGUCAGACAACGAGCUGUGUGUUCGUUCCAUGGCUGCUCUGGACACCAUCGGUCCACUCAUGUCUGGAAUGAAAGCACGGGCAGACAUGGCCGGAUUAGCCUGUGAAGCUCUCAACAGAAUGUUCCAGAAAGAGCAGACAGAACUGGUCGCCCAGGCACUGAGAGUGGAGCUGGUUCCAUAUCUUCUGAAGUUACUUGAAGGCAUCGGCCUGGAGACAUUAGAAAACCCGUCAGCCACCAAGGCUCAGAUCGUCAAAGCGCUGAAGUCCAUGACCCGCAGUCUGCAGUACGGAGAACAGGUGAAUGAAAUUCUUGCGAGGUCCUCGGUGUGGAGCGCCUUCAAAGACCAGAAGCAUGAUCUGUUCAUCUCAGAGUCCCAGACUGCAGGCUACCUGACAGGUCCAGGAGUCGCAGGUUACCUUACAGCAGGAACUGGCACCACGGUGAUGCCCAGCGUCCCACCCCCUGUGGACAACGACAUUGGAGACCAGGGCUGACGAACACACACACACACACACACACAAAGACAGUCACGCUCAGGCACCCAGACUGCCCCGCUGCCUCACAGCUGCAGCUCAGAGAGAGACUGUUCUAGUCCCCUCACCAGGGAAUAACGAAGACGGAGGAGAUGGAGGGGAGUGAGCUGUCAGCGACUGUCACCAAAAUCUGUGCACCGUCUCCUCCAGGAUCUCUCCUCUCACCCCCUGCCCCUUCCAUUUUACAAAUGGCACUCAAGUCUGCAUAAACACUUUGUAAUUGUUUUAACCGAUGACCACAUUUGUUUAGUUUCUGUGAUACAUUUCUGCAUUUUUUUUCCAAUGACAGAGAACUGUUUACUUUUUUUGUAUGAGCAUUUUUUACUCUUUUCUUUUCUCCCCAUAACAAUUCUAAGGUAAAUGGCCUCUUUCCCGUUAUCCUGCUCCAGACUGGCAACACAUUUUGACUGAUGUAUUCUGAUCUGAAAUAAUUGUUGUUCUGCUUUCUCUUUGAAGGCUGUCCAACCUGCCACAUUUGUAUUGGUGAUUUUUCUUCUCUCCCCAGUACGCAAAAAGCACUAGAAUAUUUAUGAAGAAUAAUGUCCAAGUGAAAUGGACUUCUCCUAGGAUGUGAUAAAUGACAUUAACCCCUGAUUAUGAAUCUAUGUGAAAGACUAGUGCAAUUUGUGAAUUGUUUCAUGUAAUAUUACGUAUAUAAACUUUCUAUAUUGAAUGUACAUUACAAAAAAAAAUAAAAAUCUGUCGCACUUGUACAUAAAGAUUUUACGAAUAAAAGGGAAACCACAA